AACAGCAAACAUGAAACAAUAGUAUUUUGUCAAAUUUACCAGUAAUGUUUAUUCAAAGAAAUAAAAUGAUCUCACCUGCUUCAUGAAGGAUAAUCACAUGAUGUCACUAAAUUCCCCCAGGACAUUCACAACUUACGACUUAGUCAGAGGCAGGGCAGCUAUAUAAUGUAAGGCACAUGUUGCUGAGAUAAAACCUAGGCUGAAACAUACAUAGUAUUUGUGUACAAAUAUUUACAAACACAUAUACAGCUUUAUACUUUGAAUUAGAACGAUUAACGUUUUGGAAUUUAGACCGAAAAUAAAGUAUAUGGGUCAUUGACCCAGGAUUUACAAUGUACGGGAUGGGUACAAGCGUUGGUCUAAUUUUGGUGUCAGUUGUCUUGAUUGGUGGAAUUGUGUCGGGACAACCAUUCUCAGAGGACGCAGAAGAAGUGGCUAACCUCCACAAUUUCCAAGCAAAUCUUGUUGGUCCUGAGAAAAUAUGGGUAUUUGCAGUCGCAGCCGAUACAGCCCCGAUGUCUUACAUAAAUAAUACACAACAAUCGACUGGUUUUGCAGUGGAUCUUGUAUAUGAAGUUUGCCGACUUGUGAACCGGAAGUGUAAAGUCAUGGUCACGGAGUUUGAAGAAUGCUGGGAAAAGAGAGAGUACUAUCUUCCUGGUCUUCCUACUAUUCGAGUUGAGAAACCUGGUCUAGGUUUAAUGAAUCGUUGGUUUGACGCAUGCGUUGCUUGGGAUGAGACUCCAGCACGUGCAUUGAAAGUGGAUUUCUCAAUCCCCUUUGCUGCGACUGCUCCUGCUAAGUUCUGGGUACCAAAGGCAGCGGUGUCCGACUUUAAUUGGCUUGAUGUCUCAUGGAAACGAAUAGCUUUCAUCGGUGGUAUGGUUGCUAGCCCGGAAUGUGCUACGCUGAAUGGAGUGCAAGGAGUACCCUCUGAUCCCCCACUUAUGUUCGCAGUUCCUGACGUCAAGUCUGGAAUAGCUGCAGUUAGAACAGGCAGGGUCAAAGCUUUUUUCACAAAUUUUGACAUUCCGGAGGAAUCGAAUUUAAUACCAAUUGGAUCGUUCUACUGCUCUGAUGCAACCUCUGUGAUGACUAGAAAAGACAGUCGUCUCUUAGACUGGUGGGAUGACGCAUUUGACAAUUUCAAAAUAGGAGGUGGAUAUCAGCAGUUCUGUGAACUAGCCCCAUUCAAAUAUGUCCAAGGAUACAACGUGGCCUGUCUUUAGGGUUAAAACGUUUGCAUACCUACACUAUAUAUACGAUACCAAAAAGAGGACUCAAACUAUACUGUUUGUGCAUACCUAUAUUGAAAUAAAAUAGCUAUAUUAUGU